UGGAACAGUGUGGAAACCAUUAGAAGAAGAACAGGAAGCUGCAAACCCGCCAUGUGAAUUAGAGAGUUGUUUAUAUUUAUAAUGAAUUAAUGACUGAAGUUUUUGGCAAAUAUUACAGAUCGAUAUUAAAGACGUUAGUAGAAACCCAGCCCAGGUAGGAUGCGUGUUGUUACCCGCGCUGGCGUCACGUUAGACACCGGGGCGAAUCUUAAAUGGUAAGCUAACACCGGCUGGUUCGGGUUUUGGUGAAGAAGGAGUCCGAAAAUGGAGGAAAUGGUUGUGGAAUUGGACUCUGGGGAACCGUCCGGACCCGGCUCAGAUCGGCGGGUCGCCGAUGCGUGGGAAUCGGUCAUAGCAGCUUUGGUUUCUCCGGGAUGCUCGCUGCCAGAGCAGGACCUCUUGGACUCCCUGGCGCUGCUCUGCUCCCACGGUUUGGGUCGGCUGCUCGGCGUCUGGCUGCUGGAGACCCUGCAGGUCCGCCUGUCGUCCUCCGUGGUCCCGGAGUUCUGGUCCGGACUGAGGCAGCCGGAGAACGAGCUGGAGGAGCGGGACAGGGCCGGCGUCCUGCUCGCCGCCUUCAGGACCCUGCUGGACCGCCUGGAACCGUUCCUAAGUGGACUGGAGAAGCUGGGGCUGUGGCAGGAAGCGGGCCGCGGCGGCCUGAACGGACCGGGCCCCCGGGCCCUCCAGGACCGGGCCUUCACCACCAUCAGGGCCCUGCUGCUCUUCUCGCCGCCUGCCGUCCUGCAGGAGCGAGUGCUGGAGUUCUACAGCAGGACCUUCUCCGUCUACAUGAACCGGGAGGGGGGAGAGGACGGAUCCGAGGCGCCGGAGGGCCCGGACGGAGCCGCCUGCCCCGGCUGUGCGGUCCCGGCGCCGCGGUGCUGGUGUCAGGAGGCCCUGGAGCAGCUGCAGGACCUCAGCCUCAUCCUGGCCCGGCUGCAGCUGCUGGAGUGGGUCAGCUCCGAGGCCGUCACCUCCAUCCUGCACCGGCUGAUCGAGCAGCGCAUGGAGCAGCACUGCCGGGGCGAGUACGAGCGCUCCUUCCUGCUGGAGUUCCAGGAGUGGCUGGAGCUGGUUCUGGGGUGGCUGGGGAAAGUGUUCGCCAGCGAGGGGGACGGAGACGCCGCGCCGCCGCCGGCGGCUCCCAGCGCGCCCGGCGUCCACGGCAGCAAACCCGCCGGCUCGGUUCUGAAGCAGUGGAGGUGCCACAUGCACCAGUUCUUCUGCAGGAUCUACGUCAACAUGAGGAUCGAGGAGCUCUUCAGCAUCAUCAGGGAUUUCCCAGAGUCCAAACCUGCCAUUGAGGACCUGAAGUUUUGUCUGGAGCGGACCAACCAGCGCCAGCAGCUCCUCUCUUCACUCAAAUCGGCCUUUGAAAGCCGCCUGCUGCACCCAGGUGUUCACACGUCCGACAUCCUCACGGUUUACAUCUCGGCCAUCAAAGCCCUGAGGGAGCUGGACCCGUCCAUGGUGAUCCUGCAGGUGGCCUGCCAGCCCAUCAGGAAGUACCUGCGGACGCGGGAGGACACGGUGAGGCAGAUCGUGGCCGGGCUGACGGGAGACGCUGAAGCCUGCAACGACCUGGCCUCCGAGCUCUCCAGAGGAGACCCUGUGACGCUGGAGAUGCAGGACAGCGACGACGAGGGCAACGACCCCGAGGACUGGACCCCGGACCCGACCGACGCCGUGCCCGAUAAACUGGGCUCCAAGCGGCGCUCGUCCGACAUCAUCAGCCUGCUGGUCAGCAUCUACGGCAGCAAGGACAUCUUCAUCGACGAGUACAGGGGCGUGCUGGCCGAACGGCUGCUGCACCAGCUCAACUACAACACGGCCAGGGAGAUCCGGAACGUGGAGCUGCUGAAGCUGCGCUUCGGAGAGUCUCACAUGCAUUACUGCGAGGUCAUGCUGAAGGACAUGGCCGACUCCCGCAGGAUCAACAGCCACAUCCGGGAGGAGGAGUCGAAGCUGAGCGAGGAGGAGCAGCCGCCGCUCGCCCUGUCCGCCAUCAUCCUGUCGUCUGAGUUCUGGCCCACGCUGAAGGAGGAGAAGCUGGAGCUCCCCGCCGUGGUCUGCCAGGCCAUGGAGGCGUACACGCGCCGCUACGAGAAGCUCAAGGCCAUGAGGACGCUGAGCUGGAAGCCUCACCUGGGCUCCGUCACGCUGGACGUGGAGCUGGAGGACCGCACCCUCACCAACCUCACGGUGUCGCCCAUCCAAGCCGCCAUCAUCCUGCAUUUCCAGGAGAAAAGCUCGUGGACCCUGGAGGAGCUGAGCGUGAAGCUGGGCGCCCCCAAGGAGCUGGUGCACAGGAAGCUGGCUGUGUGGCAGCAGCACGGCGUGCUGAGGGAGGAGGCGGCCGGCCGCUACUCGGUGCUGGAGACGGGCUCGUCCCGGGAGAAGGUGGACAGAGGCGUGAUGCUGAUCGACAGCGACGAGGAGAGGGACUCCAACACCACCACCCAGUCUGAGCAGAGGGAGGAGAAGCUGCAGCUGUUCUGGGCCUACAUCCAGGCCAUGCUCACCAACCUGGACAGCAUGACGCUGGAGCGCAUCCACUCCAUGCUGCGCCUGUUUGUCGCCACGGGGCCCGUCGUCACGGAGAUGGACAUCAACGAGCUGGAUGCCUUCCUGCAGAGGAAAGUCCGGGAGCACCAGCUGAUCGUGUCCACGGGCAUCUACAGGCUGCCCAAAACCAACUGAGGGAGGAGGAGGAGGAGGAGGAGACGGUGCGUUCAGGUGGACCGGGAAAUUACAGGACUGAAAGGACUGCAGACUGUAAAAGUGGUGGAAGUCAGGAAGAAGAAAAUGCUUAGAUGAGAAGUUUCCGUUCUGAAACCGUUUUCUUAUUUUCCCACUGUGCCUUGAAGGCAGCAGGAAAUUAAAAUGUGAUCUACGUUAUAAAGCAGUUUGUCAUUAAAUAACUCGUUCAUCUGA